GCCGGGUGUUCAGACCCGGCGCACCUUGCGUUGUCGGCGGGCAGCAUGCCAUGCGGAUGCGGGUAACACCGCCGCCUCCCAGCCGCUGAUCAGCACUGUCAGGCCGUGGAGAGACAGCGGAGAGCCUGUCGGCAGACCCGAGGACUUCCUGCUCACUUUGAACCUCCGAUUCGGGGCCUGAAGCUCCGGGCAGCCGCUCUCCUCCGGGCCGCGGUCCUCUGUCUCCCCGCCGGUUCAGCAUCUGGAGCCGGCCCAGGUUAAAGUGACGAGGAGGAUUCACGGGAGAGGACGCAGGCAAUGUUAAAUUUUAUAAAGCUUUCUGCUUUUGUUAAAGAAGAUUUUAAAGUCCCUUAGUGAGCCUGUGAACUAUUUUUAAGCGGCCUUGGCUGGUGUUUUAGCCGCUGUCUCUGGUUUCAUCCUCCGCCUUUGUCCUCAUGUUUUCCCCCGGAGUUCCUCCCCCUGCGGCGCUGGGCGGAGUUUCAUACCGGACUAGACGCUCCUUUUGUCGGAUUCGUUUCGACCUCACUCCCCGGGGUUUACGGCUGAAAAAAACGCACUUGGAAAGUCCCAAAAUAACCCCAAAGACCACCGUGGUGUGCAGUAUUAACCUGGGUCUCUGCUCGAAUCUGAAGGGGUGGAGAGGGCAGAGUCUCCUGCGGCUGCAGGAUGAACGGCAGCAGCAGCGUCUCUGCAGCUCAGAGCUCCAGGAUCAAAAGUGAAACAGAUGAGUGGAGUAAGGAGGACUGUCUAACUCUGUUGGAGAGGAUUCGCAGUCUGCUGCCGGACGGAGACGCCAUGAAGUACAAAACCACCGAGUCGCACUUCGACUGGGAGAAAGCCAGCUUUGGAAACUUCAGCGCAGAAAUGUGUCGCAGGAAGUGGCAGAAAGUCUCCUCAGAGGUACGUAAAUACAGAACGAUGACAGAGCUCAUCAUCGACGCCACCGAGUUCGUUAAAAAUCCCUACAAAGGAAAGAAACUGAAGACGCAUCCAGAUUUCCCUAAAAAACCCUUGACCCCUUAUUUCCGCUUCUUCAUGGAGAAACGAGCCAAAUACGCCAAAAUCCACCCCGAGAUGAGCAACCUGGACCUGACCAAGAUCCUGUCCAAGAAGUACAAGGAGCUGCCUGACAAGAAGAAGCAAAAAUACAUCUGUGAGUUCCAGCGAGAGAAAGAAGAGUUUGAGAAGAACAUGGCUCGAUUCAAGGAGGAUCAUCCCGAGCUCAUCGAGGAGAGGAAGAAGUCCGACCUGCCUGAGAAACCGAAAACUCCCCAGCAGCUGUGGUACAACCACGAGAAGAAGGCCUACAUGAAGCUGCACCCCGAGGUGAGUCAGAAGGAGCUGAAGGAGGCUUUGAGGAGGCAGUGGUCUCAGCUCUCUGACAAGAGGAGACUCAAGUGGAUAAGCAAGGCCCUGGAGCUGCAGAAAGACUAUGAGGACAGUAUGAGGGCGUAUCAUGAGGCUCAUCCUGACGUGAACUCAGAGGAUCACGUUCGCUCUGUCCUCACUAAAGCAGAGCGACAGCUGAAGGACAAGUUUGAUGGACGGCCAACGAAACCUCCGCCUAAUGGCUACUCCCUCUACUGUGCUGAGCUGAUGGUGAACAUGAAGGACGUCCCGAGCACGGAGCGGAUGGUUCUGUGCAGUAAACAGUGGAAAAUGAUGACGCAGAAAGAGAAGGACAUGUUCCAGAAACGCUGCGAGCAGAGGAAGAAGCAGUACGACGUUGACCUGCAGAGGUUCCUGGAGAGUCUCCCAGAGGAGGAGCGAGACCGGGUCAUGACUGAGGAGAAACUCGGGGGCGCCAAGUUAGGAGGGGGUGUGGCUACCAGCCCACAUAGAGCCAAGUCACCUUCUGUCAAGGAGCGAGGGCGGGAGGCGGAGCCUGAUCCCUGGGUUCCUGCUGGACCUCCCAAAGAGCGGCGUGAUGGGAAGAAGACGGCAAAGCUUCCAGAGACGCCGAAAACAGCGGAGGAGAUGUGGCAGCACAGCGUGAUCGGAGACUACCUGGCCAAAUACAGAAGCGACCGCAGGAAGGCGCAGGCGGGAAUGGAGGCGGCCUGGAAGUCAAUGGAGAAGAAGGAGAAGAUCCCGUGGAUCAAGAAGGCGGCAGAGGACCAGAAGCGUUACGAGGUUCAGUACCAAGCUGUGAGGGAGCUGUUGGAGAUGAGAGCGCCCGCAGCGGCUCAGACUCAGAGGAAACCCAAGUUUGAUGGAGAACCAAAGAAACCUCCUGUGAGCGGCUAUCAGAUGUUCUCCCAGGAGCUGCUGACCAAUGGGGAGCUGAAUCACUUCAGUCUGAAGGAGCGGAUGGUCGAGAUCGGAAAGCGGUGGCACAAACUGAGCCAGAGUCAGAAAGACAAGUACAAGAAGCUGGUGGAGGAGCAGCAGGUGGAGUACAAGGCUGAGCUGGAGGCCUGGGUCAAGUCCCUGUCUCCUCAGGAUCGAGCCGUCUACAAAGAGUUCUCGACCUCAAAACGCCGCAGCACCACUAAAGUCCGUAGCAGCCCUGGCGCUAAAGUCCGGGUGACGGCGAAGGGGAAGGCGGCUAGUUCCAGAGCCGUUACACAGACCGUGGGUGUGGCCAAGCGGGCGAUGGCAUACCGGGCAAAGCAGGACAUGUCGGACUCUGACGAAGAGGAGGAGAAGAGCGACUCGUCUGACUCUGACGAAGACGAUGAGACAUCAGGAUCCACGGACAGCGAUGACGAUGACGACGAGGAGAACGAUGAAGAUGAUGAGGAUGACGAGGACGAUGAAGACCAGUCUUCAUCAGAGGAAUCCAGCGACUCAGACUCUGACUAGCCCCGCCCCUUCAACUCAUUGGAGAGGAAAGGCUGUGCAGGCCACACCUCCUCAAGUGCCAAUCAUCCUGGCUGACCAAUCAGAAGUGGCGUCAGACCAAGGUCCUGCUGGUCUGUCCCACCCCCCUUUUAAAGGGGCGGAGCCUGGUGGCGUUUUGUUACCCGUGUUUGUUUUUUAUGGCGUGUUUGUUGGUUUUUAUCAGACUGACGUCUCAGACGGGUGGACACUUGGGUUUUAUGUUUCAAAGCAACAGAGGGGCGGGGUUUGUACAGUUUGACAGGCAGGAGGAGGGGCGGAGCCUGUCACUUGUGUUAAUCAAUGUUGAGAGAGGAGCCAGUGUUCAUCCUCCAAUCAGCCGCCUCCUGGAGAAAAUUAUUAACAAAUAAAAGCACUUUUCUCA